AUGGCCGGCCUCGCAUCUCCUCUCAUGCUCGAGAAAAUCGACAAGCUUUUUGCAUGCGGUGUUGGAGAGUACGUCGAUCUACCUCAGAUUGUUGUGGUCGGCGACGAAUCCUGCGGCAAGAGUAGUGUUCUCGAAGGCUUGAUCAAGAAGCCUCUCCCCCGCGACAGUGGUCUCUGCACUCGGUUUGCUACUCAGAUCGUCUUCCGCCGUGCAGCCCAGAGUGGAAUCUUUGUGUCGAUCAUGCCAGAGCAAAAUGCUCCUCAGGAACACAUCAGCUCGCUUCGCGCUUGGGCUAAGUCGGUGCCAUCGCUGGAUUCUCAGGCAUUUGUCGACAUUAUGAGAGAGGUUCACGAAGUGAUGGGAUUGUCUGGUGGGGUGGACGACACAGGAGCUCGCAAGCCCACCUUCUCGAACGAUGUUCUGCGCCUUGAGGUAUGAAAGACCCAUCUCGAACGCAUGGCACAAUUCUGAGCCACUACGCUACCUCCUAGCUCUAUAUCCUACGCCAUUCUGCUGGAACGCGUUCGCUGACAUUUUCAUGGCAGAUCUGCGGCCCUGACCAAGAGCACCUGAGUGUCAUCGAUAUCCCGGGCAUAUUCAAGAGCACGACAGAAGGCCUCACCACCAAAGCCGAUAUUCAACUGGUGCGCAAUAUGGUCAAGAGCUACAUGGACAACCCUCGCUCUGUCAUACUGGCUGUCAUCCCGGCAAACGUCGAUGUCGCUACUCAGGAAAUUCUCGAGCUUGCAGGCGAGGCGGACCCUCAACAAGAUCGCACUCUAGGUGUACUCACCAAGCCAGAUUUGGUCGACAAGGGCGCAGAGCCUAAGGUGAUUGAGCUUCUUGAGGGCCGUGCUCGUUCUAUGAAGCUCGGCUGGCACAUGAUUCGCAACCCAGGUAAUAUCAUCCCCAUUGCAAUCACUAUUCCGAGCCACCAGUCCGACUUCUUGCCCUCCGUUGUAUUCCAAAGGCUUCGAGAUGAUAGCUAAUUUCUAUGUCGCGACAGGUCAACUAGACCUAGCGAAUACGGAUCUGGACCGCGACUCUAUGGAGGCAGACUUCUUUCGCUCUCAGAAGCCAUGGGACACUAUCGACAAGGACAAAGUGGGUAUUGAUGCCCUCAAAGGUCGCCUGAAUGAAGUGCUCUCUUCUCUCGUGAAGCGAGAAUUUCCAAAGGUGAAGCUCGAGACAAGGGUACACUGGACAGCUGUCAGAAGAAGCUGAACGACUUGGGUCCUGAGCGUAGCGGCCUCACGGAGCAGAGGACGUACCUCACGCAACUCGCCACCCGGUUCCAGCGUCUUGUCGCUUUCGCUCUCAAAGCCAACCAUGGCGCCGACAGUCUCUUCGAUUCAGAGCCUGAGUUGCGAGUCUCUCCUGCGGUAAUGGCCCGAAUGAAGACGUUCUCCGACGACAUGUGGACUUAUGGCCACAUGUACUCGUUUCUCGGAAAGGAUCAAGAGGAGCAAGGCUCCGCCGUGCUCGACGCAGCUGAGCAGAAAGAGUACAGCGUCCGAAAGCAAGAGGACCUCGAAGAGCUUCCAAACAUCCAGUGCCUUGACAUGACUCUGUCCUAUCCCAAGGCUGGGGGGAUCAAGCGCUGGCUCCGGGACGUAUUUGAGAGCAAUCGUGGCUUUGAACUGGGCACCUUCAACGCUUCUAUUCUCGCGACAGUCAUGAAGAAGCAGUCUUCCAAGUGGGAGGACAUCAGCACUGGCUUCGUGAGCGAUGUUGUCGUUCUGGUACACAAAUUCGUCCAUACUGCCCUGACCUCCAUCUGUGCCGAUGGUGAGAUCUGCCGCGCCCUGCUUAACACUCUCUUCGACAACCUUGUUCAGCGAUACCAGAAAGCACUCGACAGCGCGAAGUUCCUAGUUGAGGUGGAGAAUGGGGAUACGCCAAUGACGCUCAAUCAUUACUUCAAUGACAACCUUCAGAAGAGGUAAGGGUUUUGAUCCACAAGAUGUUAACCUUCGAUUAGCUGCUGACUCCCUCUUAGUCGACACGGAAAAGCUAUUGCGGGACUGGAGAAGAAGGCCAUCGACGUGGACGACCAUCCCAAUGGCGUUAGAAAGAUGGUGCCCGUAGAAACCGCCAUCGCAUCUCACAACAUGAGCAAUGACGACCACGUCAUCCUCGAGAUCCACGACAUUCUCCAAUCAUACUACAAGGUCAGCCUCAAGACUUUCGUCGACAACGUCUGCAAGCAGGCCGUCAUUCACUUCCUCCUCAGCCCUGACAGGGGUCCACUGGCCCUCUUCUCGCCCAAUUUCGUCGCCGAGCUGUCGCCGGAGCAAUUGGAGGAGAUUGCCGGCGAGGCACCUGCCAUGAAGCGGCUCAGAGGAGAGCUGAAGAAAGAGAUGGCCAGGUUGACCGAGGCCAUGAAGAUUCUCGUCCGCGCUUGA